GCGGCGGCGUUUCCCCGCUGCCCUCCCCCGCGCCCGAGCCCGGGCAGGUGAAGGGCCUGGCCCCGCCCCCGAGCCGGGGCUGGGCCACCUGGCGCGUCCCGGCUGCUGCAGCCGCGUCCCGGGGCUCGGAACCUCCCCCAGCCAGGUUUGGAAAAGGACAUCACAUGGCCAUGGAAUAGCCAAAGAACAUAAGGCCCUGAAAUGCACAUAGCUCUAACUUAGCGGGGAUUUUGGAAACAUCCCUGAAGAUGAGGCUAUUCCGGCGAAAUUAUGGCCCAUUGAAGCUGGCUUUGGUGGGUGUGGUCUUUGUGAUCUUCCUCUUCAUAAUACAGAAGGAUGUCGGGAAUGGGGACAACACCGAGGAGCCCUGGCUGAAAAACAUUGUCGAGAGGAAAGACCAAGUGAUUGACAUGAUGAUGGGGGCAGUAAAUAACAUUCGUGACUCGAUGCCAAAGCUACAAAUCCGGGCUCCGGUUCAGCAAGAGGAACCUUUGCAGAGCAGCAAGUCCUGCUUUCCAGGUUACUAUACCCCAGCUGAACUGAAACCACUGAUGGAACGACCGCCCCAAGACCCCAACAGCCCAGGAGCCGAGGGCAAAGCUUUUAAAAAGGACCAGUGGACACCGCAGGAGACUAAGGAGAAGGAGCGCGGCUAUGAGAAGCACUGUUUCAACGCCUUUGCCAGCGACCAGAUCUCUCUCCAAAGGGCGCUGGGACCUGACAGCCGACCUCCAGAGUGCAUUGAUCAGAAGUUCAAGCGCUGCCCGCCAUUGCCCACCACCAGUGUCAUCAUCGUGUUUCAUAACGAGGCCUGGUCCACCUUGCUCCGCACUGUGUACAGCGUCCUGCACUCCUCCCCUGCCAUCUUACUGAAGGAGAUCAUUUUGGUGGACGACGCCAGCACAGAUGACUAUUUAAAAGACCAACUGGAUCUCUACGUGAAGCAGCUGCAGAUAGUGAGAGUUGUGCGGCAGCAGGAGAGGAAAGGAUUAAUAACCGCACGACUACUCGGCGCUGGGGUCGCAAGCGGAGAGGUGCUCACUUUCCUGGAUGCUCACUGUGAGUGUUUCCACGGCUGGCUGGAGCCUCUCUUAUCCCGGAUUGCAGAGGAACCCACUGCCGUGGUGAGUCCAGACAUCACCACCAUCGACCUGAAUACCUUUGAGUUUUCCAAGCCAAUCCAAUAUGGGAAGCAACACAGUCGGGGAAAUUUUGACUGGAGUUUGACCUUUGGGUGGGAGGCCAUUCCUCCUAAGGAGAAGCAGAGAAGAAAAGAUGAGACCACCCCUAUCAAGUCUCCCACUUUUGCUGGUGGCCUCUUUGCGAUCUCCAAGUCCUAUUUUGAACACAUUGGUUCCUAUGACGACCAGAUGGAGAUCUGGGGUGGGGAGAAUGUGGAAAUGUCCUUUAGGGUUUGGCAGUGUGGUGGUCAGCUGGAGAUCAUCCCCUGCUCGGUGGUUGGGCACGUGUUCCGCUCCAAAAGUCCACACACCUUCCCAAAAGGAACUCAGGUCAUCUCCAGGAACCAAGUGCGCCUGGCGGAAGUCUGGAUGGACGACUAUAAGGAAAUAUUCUACAGAAGAAACCAGCAGGCCUUGAAGAUGGCCAAAGAGAAAACAUACGGCGACGUUACAGAACGGCUCAAACUGAAGGAGCAACUGCACUGUAAAAACUUCACCUGGUAUCUACAAACUGUCUAUCCAGAGAUCUUCAUCCCAGACUUGACCCCAACCUUCUACGGAGCAAUUAAAAAUGAAGGGUCAAAGAAUUGCCUGGAUGUUGGCGAGAACAAUCAUGGAGGGAAGCCGUUGAUCAUGUACCCAUGCCAUGGAAUGGGCGGCAAUCAGUAUUUUGAAUACACGUCCCAGAAGGACCUGCGGCACAACAUCGGCAAGCAGCUCUGCCUCCGAUCUGGCUUUGGGCCGGUGGAGCUGGGAGACUGUCACUUCACAGGAAAAAACACACGUGUUCCAGGAAAUGAAGAAUGGGAACUGACCCACGACCGUCUGAUUAAAAACGUGGCCUCUAACAUGUGUUUGUCGGCAAGAGAUGAGCAUCCAUCUAUGACUUCCUGUAACCCCUCGGAUUCUUAUCAGCAAUGGUUCUUUACCCAAGACAUAUAGUGAAGAGAAAACCAGUGUCAGCAAGAAAUGUGCCAGCCCAUCUCACUUUGAGACCUUGAUUCCAAACUGCACUCAGGAAAACAGAAGCUAAGACUCUCUCCUUUUAUUUAAAGAAAGCGAACGUCUUAAAUAUGCUGCAUUUCACAGUUGCCUUUAAUUCUACUCUGUGCCUUUGGGAUAAGACUGUGUAAUACAUGGAGAUUUUUGUACCACUUUUUCUAAGAGACUAAGCAAACUUCUUGUUUGCAGCCUACGUGAGUGUCAUAUUGUAACAUAUCCAAAGAUAAAUAACAUGGGACCAACGAUGUCGAUAAUUGCAUGAAUGAUCAAUCCCACUUCCUAAACCCCGGAAAAUUGGACCACAACCAGUCAGAAUGCAAGGGAUGAGACUGAAUUCAACACCUGUCCCAAAGGAGGAGUGCCAGCUGGCCUUUGAAUAUGUCUCAUGCCAAAGAUAGUACCCGGUGUCCUCUAGUUAUCACAUAGGCUUGCAUGCAAAGGCAGAUCAGGACGCUGCAAGAAGAAAUUGCAGUGUCACGGUCAGGAGAGCAUAUUCAUGCUCUCUAGCACAAGCUCUUGUUCAAUGAGAUUUUUAACCUUGAAGAAGGAGAUAGGUGUGUGCAUUUAAAACCUAACAUCAGGGUGCACUGUUGUGUGAAAUCCCAGCCUGUUGCACCGAAUGAAACCUGUGUGUUACCUUGCCAGCACAAGGCGAUAGUAGUACUAAUUGUGUUGCAAAUAAAAAGGACUUUCUGUGCUGUUAA